UAUUUUAUCUUCCCCUGGUUUCCCGAAUCUUAGUCAAUCCAGGAUCCCCAAAGCGCAGCAGCAGAAGGAGGAGGAGAAGCCGAGCUGAUGAACUUCAGGAACCUCGACGAGUUCUGGGCCUUCUACGUGACCCAACACUCAAAGCCCACGUUCGUCCCCUUCACAGGCUAUGGCCUUGCCUGGUACAGCCACUUCUUCGUCGAGCGCAACGCUCCGGCGACCUUCGGCCACCCCCUCUGGUCUCUCCUCUGCGAUUUCAGGAUGUUCGGGUUGAUGAUGACCGGUCGGAUGGAGAAGGAGAUCAAGCGGCUGGGGAAGCGGCCGGUUCUUCAGGCUUUCUGAUGGUAAAGAUUGAUUCUUUGCUCGAUGCGUGAAUCUGUUGGUAUUUUCCGUUGUGCAUACGAAAAAGGUUUGGGACUGGUUCUGUGUAAUUAUUACUGAUUUGGGGAAGAAUUCUGCUUAAUGUUUGAUGAUUAAAGAUUGGUAGCUGGGGGGUUCGUGCAUGUUACCAUGUUUGUUGGUUUAUUUUUCUGGCCACAGGUUGGGAAUUAUCUACAAUCUGCUUUCGUUUUC